UUUCCCCUCCCCUCCCCCCUCCCCCUCUUUUUUCCAGGGGAGGGGAAAGUUUCGGGGAGACCAGGCCGAGCUGGGGGGGGCCUCCUGGGCGCCCUAAAACCCUCACCCGGAUCCACUUUUUCGGGGGGCGCCCCACUUCUUCCAUCUCCCCCCCCCACACACAAGCCCCCUCGGGGGUGGGGGGCGGCUGGCGCUGGCCCAACCCCGCCAGACUCCGCCACCGCCGCCGCGCCGCCUUUGUCCGACGCCGCUCGCUCGUUCCCAGCGCUGCCAUUCCGGACUUUCAGGUUUGCAGAAACGGCCCCAGCCCGGAUCGCAGACACGGGACUCUUUGUCUCGGCCCGGGACGGACGGACGGAUCGCGCUCCUCGCCCACCCCGCCCGGCAGAAGCCCCCCGCCCGCGCCGGGAAACUUAACCGGGACGGGGGUCCCCCCCACUCCUUCUGCUGGUGGUGGUGGGGGGAAGACCCUUCCUCCCCUCCGCGGGGCCUGGGGGAGAGACCGCGGACCCCCGGGCGGAGCGGGGGGGUCGCCCCAGAGCCCCCUCCCCCGCCGGGGCAGCGGAGGCGCGUCUGAGCCGCGGGGCGGGGGUCUCCGUUCCACCUGAGAGCCUCCGCCGGGGCCGGGGGUCUCCGCAUCCUCCACCCCCCCCGCUCCUCUCCUUUCACCCAGGAGGAUCCCGGACGGAUUUCCCCCCCCCUCUUUGUAUCGGAUUACCGUAUGGUUUUUAUUUUUAUUUUUGUGCUUUUUUUUUUCCGCCAAGACUUGGAUUACCCGGGAUUGUUUGUUUGUUUGUUUGGGGCCUCCGCCGCUCCUGGUUUGUUUCCCCCCCCCUGCAUGAAGGUUCGGGGCCGCCGGGGCGAUGAAGCGCUGGUGGCCCCUCUGGGUCCGGAUUUGCCUGGUGCUGGCGGUGGAAGAAAACCUCAUGAACACGAAAUUCGAGACCGCCGACCUCCGAUGGACCACUUACCCUGCUGACAAUGGCCAGUGGGAAGAGAUAAGCGGGAUGGACGAGGAGCAGAACAGCGUCCGGACCUUCGAGGUGUGCGGGGUCCACCAACCCAACCAGAACAACUGGCUGCGCACCACCUUCGUCCCCCGAUCGGGCGCCACGUACGUCUACGCCGAGCUGCGUUUCACCGUGGUGGAGUGCUUCUCCAUCCCGCGGGUCACCCGGGCGUGCAAGGAGACGUUCAAUGUUUUUUUCUACGAAGCCGACGCUGACCUGGCCUCGGCCACUUUCCCGCCCUGGAUGGAGAACCCCUACGUCAAAGUGGACACGGUGGCGGCCGAGCACCUCACCCGCAAGCGGCCGGGCAUGGAGGCCUCCGGGAAGGUGAACGUGAAGACGCUGCGGGUGGGACCCCUCUCCAAGAUGGGCUUCUACUUGGCGUUCCAGGACCAGGGUGCCUGCAUGGCCUUGCUCUCCGUUCGGCUCUUCUACAAGAAGUGUCCGGCCGUCACCGUCAACUUUACGCUCUUCCAGGAGACAGUGCCCAGGGAGCUGGUCAUGCCGGUCACCGGGCAGUGUGUGCCCAACGCCGUCAAGACCAGCUCCCGCCCGCUCAGCAUGUACUGCCGAGAGGACGGGCAGUGGGCUGACCAGGCCAUCACAGACUGCACCUGUGCGGCUGGCUACGAGCCCUCGGAGGAGAGCUCCAGGUGCCGAGCCUGCCCGGCGGGGCUAUUCAAGGCCGUCCAAGGGGAGGGGGGCUGCCAGCCCUGCCCUGCCUUCAGCAUGUCCCUCUCCCCGGGCUCCGGCGAGUGUGCCUGCCGCAUCGGCUUCUACCGGACAGCCAAGGAACCGGUCACCAAGCAGUGCUCCACCACGCCGUCUGCCCCACGCAGCAUCGUGGCCAAAAUCAACGGCUCAGUGGCCGUGCUGGAGUGGAGCGAACCCUUGGAAAACGGAGGCCGGGACGACGUCUCCUACCACCUCAGCUGCCACGAGUGCCCCGAACGGCAGAGCUGUCGGGAGUGUGCCCGCCUGGCCUACGCCCCCCGGUCUCGGGGGCUGGUGGACCGCACCGUCACCGUGGAGGGCCUGCAGCCCUACAUCACCUACUCCUUCCAGAUCCAAGCAGUCAACGGUGUCUCCGAUCUCAGCCAGAACCCACCCCAGUCGGAGUCCUUCAAUAUCACCACCAACAAGGAUGUCCCCCAGCCGGUGUCCGACAUCCAGCAAACCUCGGUCAGCCCCAGCGGGGUCACCUUGGCCUGGCCACUCGUCCAGCCACCAACGGGCAACAUCUUGGAUUACGAGGUCAAGUAUUACGAGAAGGGGGCCGGUGGACCCAUGUUCGUGAAGACGUCCGAGAACCGGGUGACCCUGUCGGGGCUGCGUCGAGGAUCCGUCUACGUUGUGCAAGUCCGCGCCCGAUCGGAGGCCGGUUACGGAGGGUUUGGGCCAGAAAAGGCCUUCCAGACCCACGGAGCCGAGCCGGGGAGCAGCACGGAGAAGCUGGCCCUCAUCGUGGGCACGGCGGCCUUGGGUAGCCUCCUCGUCUUGGCCGUGGUGAUCGUGGCCGUGGUCUGCCUCCGGCGCCAGGGGUCCUCGGCCUCGCGGGAGCAAGAAUAUUCGGACAAACCUGGACAAUACUUGAUUGGGCACGGUACCAAAGUCUACAUCGACCCCUUCACCUAUGAGGACCCCAACGAGGCCGUGCGGGAAUUCGCCAAGGAGAUCGACGUCUCCUACGUGAAGAUCGAGGAGGUCAUCGGGGCAGGGGAAUUUGGGGAAGUCUGCCGUGGCCUCCUGAAGGUGCCGGGGAAGAAGGAGGUCUACGUAGCCAUCAAGACCCUGAAGGGAGGCUACACGGAGAAGCAGCGGAGGGAGUUCCUGAGUGAGGCCAGCAUCAUGGGCCAGUUCGAGCACCCCAACAUCAUCCGGCUGGAUGGGGUCAUCACCAACAGCGUCCCCGUCAUGAUCAUCACGGAGUUCAUGGAGAACGGUGCCCUGGACUCCUUCCUGCGGUUGAACGACGGUCAGUUCACGCCCAUCCAGCUGGUGGGGAUGCUGCGGGGCAUCGCCUCCGGGAUGCGCUACCUCUCCGACAUGAGCUACGUGCACCGCGACUUGGCCGCCCGUAACAUCCUGGUCAACAGUAACCUGGUUUGCAAAGUUUCCGACUUCGGGCUGUCUCGCUUCCUGGAGGAGAAUUCCUCGGAUCCAACCUACACCAGCUCUUUGGGGGGGAAGAUCCCGAUCCGCUGGACGGCCCCCGAAGCCAUCGCCUUCCGCAAGUUCACCUCCGCCAGCGACGUGUGGAGUUACGGCAUUGUGAUGUGGGAGGUGAUGUCCUUCGGAGAGAGGCCGUACUGGGACAUGUCCAAUCAGGAUGUGAUCAACGCCAUCGAGCAGGACUACCGCCUGCCGCCCCCCACGGACUGCCCCACCUCCCUGCACCAGCUGAUGCUGGACUGCUGGCAGAGGGACCGCAACGCCCGGCCUCGCUUCGCCCAGAUCGUCAGCUCCCUGGAUAAGCUGAUCCGGAACCCGGCCAGCCUCAAGAUUGUCUCGCGGGGAAACGGAGGGCCGUCCCACCCUCUGCUGGACCAGCGGCUGCCCCAUUACUCCUCCUUCGGCUCGGUCAGCGACUGGCUGCGCGCCCUCAAGAUGGGCCGCUACGAAGACAGCUUCGCCAACGCCGGCUUCACCUCCUUCGAGCUGGUCAGCCAACUCUCGUCCGAGGACCUGCUCAGAAUCGGCGUGACCUUGGCGGGACAUCAGAAGAAGAUCUUGUCCAGUGUCCAGAACAUGCGCGUCCAGGGCAAGGCUGGCACCUCCACAGCGGCCAAAGCGGGACCGUACUGACCGGCACUUGGCCAGAGAAGCAGCGAUUUGCCCGUCUCUUGACUUGUUGACUUCUUUUUGGAGGAGGGGGCAGCCAAGAACUGGCCGGGGAGGGGAGACGCCUCUUCUCGACUCGCCCGUCAGCGCCCGUCUCCUCUGCUCUUCUCGCUGCCCCCUCCCCAUAUAUUCACCCCUUCCCCACUUUGGGGAAGUCUGAAGUCCCAGACUGACCCCCUUGGAAAGUUGCCUUUCCCGCCAGCUUCGUGGCAGGGAAAUUGGGGAGACCCCCCAGGACCGAGGCCACGAACCGGGCCCCUCCCUCACCGAGCUCCGAGGGAUAUCAUGCCAAAGAGGACCAGCUCUUCCCAGCCGGUGCCCCCUCCCCCAGCUGUGGGGGAAUCACGUUUAUGGGGGGCCUGCAGAAGUGGGGAAGGUAGAAAACCUCCUCUUGGGGGGGGGGUCUGUUGGAGGAACACAGAUGGGGAAACUCACCCUCCCCACUUCCCCCAGCCUCGAAGGGAGAUGAGACACCCUGUCCCUCCUGCUGACUCCUAGUAACAUGAAGCGAGACUUGAACCCAGCACCUCUUCUGCGCAAGGAGGAGAUGCAGCUGGGAGGUCUGGGUGAGCAGCCGGUGCUCCCUCCCUCCCCGCCCCUGGGACCAGGAAGCCAAAGAACCGGAAGCUUUGGAAGGUGGGAUGUGCAGACCCUGCCCACACAAGGGGGGCAGCCGAAGUUGUGGGAAACCCGGGACUGGAUAGGCAAAGCAGGCCUGGCCCUCGGUGACAAUCAGCAACGCUGCCCCCAGUGGUGAAGUCCUGUGGGAGACGCCCUCGGAGAAGAGGGGUUGGGGGCUCCCUUCAGCCCCUGGAGACCCCCGGGGGUCACCGCAGGAUCGGAGCCAAGGGGCUGGCUUUAUAACAGUUCUUUAGCCUUCAUAUUGAAGGUGGUCCUAUAUAUUGCUUUUCAUUAAAACAAAUUGUGUAUCUUCUAAGCCAAAAUUGAG